ACAAUCCAAGCUCUUACCUUGGUUUUCUAACAAUGAUGUCAUAGCAUCUUUGUUCUUGCAUAAACAAAGAAUCGCCCUGAAGAAAAAAAAAUUUAAAAAUUGUAAUUCUCAGUUCUUACAAUUCUGUCUUCUUUUACUUUGUCUAAGAUUUUAUACAAUUCAUUAGAAGCCGAAUGACAGUUUGAUCUUUCAGCUUGUACAUAAUUUAACUGAAUUUAGGCACUGUAAAUAAAGAUCACAAGGUGCAGAGGGAACUCCAGUUUGUUUCAGUGAGAGGGCAAAUAACAAAAGAGGAAGAUGAUAGCUGAUCAUGGCAAUGCAGAUCAAAAAUGGAGAAUGGAAGAAGAAGAUGGUUUAAGAAUUGUGGAGUGUUUAAGAGGAAGAUUGCUAGCUGAAAGAGUGGCUUCAAGGGUUGCCAAAGAGGAUGCAAAGCAAAUGGAAAACAAGCUGAUAGAGCUGGAGAAUCAAUUGAAGGCAGAAAUCAGAUCAAGAAACAGAGCUGAGAAGAAGCUAAUUUUUUUAAUAAAAAAGCUAAAGUCCCUCAAUAUAUUAUAUGCUUUAGAGGACUCAGAACAUUCAAAAUUGCUAGAUAAGAGUGACACAUCUUCCUUAUCAUCCACAACCUCUUCAAGUCCUAAAGCAUCCAAAUCACAAAUGCUAAGACAAAAUUUGAACCAAAAUGUUUCACAGACUAAUACCAUAUCUAUUGAUUCCAAUCAGACCUGUCAUAAUUUUCCAAUUUAAGGGACUUAAUUUCAGUUCUACAAGUAUAUCCAAUAUUAAUAACUCCAGGGUCUUGAAUUGAGCCGAUUUAAUGAUGAUUAUAAGAGGUACGUGACCAAGUCUCCAUAGUUUCAAUUCGAUUUAAUUUUUGCAUACUUAAGUUUAUGAAUAUAUAAAUAUAUAUAUAUAAACAGAACUUUGUUGCAUGCAUAUGGUUCAUUGUUGUGUACUUGUAAUUGAGAAUUUGAGGUGUGUACAUAAUAUAUGUUUGUAUAUUGUUGUAUGCAUGUAAUUGAAUUAUGUGUGUAUUACAUGUUUAUUUGGGGAUUGUUUAAACUAGAUUCAAAUUCUGAUAAUUUGUUUAUGUUUUUGUAGCUUUAAAUCUUCAAUUGAGGAGAAGAAGAUAAAUGGAGAAAAUGAUAGAGAUCAAGACAAUUGUGUUGAUGACUUACUGGCAUUAGUCCCAGUUGAUUUGCCGAAAAGCUUCAAUGAAAUUUCACUGGAGAAAAAGCAUAUACUUAAAGUUUAUUCAAGAUUAUUUUUUGUGUGUUAAACUAAUCAUUACCAAUUUUUCAUGUGUUUAGCUAAUUCUAUGGAUUUGAGAGAAUAACACGGGA